AUGGCGUCACAAGAGAAAAUUAAUAGUGUCACUAGUAUCACUAGUGCCGCAAGUUUCAGGCAGGUCGAAGACCACGAGAUUGAUUUAGCCGCAGUUACAUCUAAAGCGAUUUCUAUUGGGGAAGUUGGUGUAACCUUGACUAAUGAACAGAAACAUUUCAUUUUGAAGAGAUUGCACUAUGACGUCUUAGAAUCUUUGGAAGAUCUUCCAGUUGGAGCAACCUUUAUGAUCGAAAAAAUCGAAAAUUUGCUGGUCGAGGAAGCUUUAGAAAUCUUAAAGGAAAACUAUAAAGAUUUUGAGGAUGAUUUCAACUACCCAGCUGAGGAUUUAGAUUUAAAUUUAAGGUUAAUUGAACACACACCUGAUAAUUUCGAAAACAGUGUCAGAAACAACUUGGCAAAUCAGCUCGAUAGAAAGGAUGUUGAAAAGGUACUGACCGAAUCAGUCAACAUUAAUUCAGAUGCUGAUGGUCAGUUAGAAGCCAACCAACAUGAUUACCUUACAAUUGUUGACUGGGACUUACAGGUAAGAUUAGAAGCUGCUAUUGUCGCUUACCACUCACCUUACCCAGAAGUAAGAUCUGUUACACUUCCAUUCGACGAUCCAAAUACACCUGUUGAAACUUUAAGGGCAUAUGUUAUUGGUAUAAUCUGGUUAGGAAUCGGUGCAUUUAUUAACCAAUUCUUUGCAGAAAGACAACCUUCUAUUUCAAUGUCAACUGCUGUUGCUCAACUUUUCCUUUACCCAAGUGGUUUGAUUUGGUAUACUAUCUUUCCUGAUGUCACUGUUCCUCUUGGAAAAUUCUCAUUUAGAUUGAACCCUGGUCCAUGGACAUACAAAGAACAAAUGUUUGCUACCAUUAUUUAUUCUGUUGCUUCUGGUAGUCAGUAUAUCUCCUAUAACAUCUAUUCACAAAAGGUUGAUGUAUUCUACGGUAAUACUUGGGUAACCUGGGGAUAUCAAGUCUUAUUGUCACUCUCUACUAAUUUCUUAGGGUUCGGGUUUGCUGGUGUUUUGAGAAGAUUUGCUUGUUACCCAAUCAAAGCAAUUUGGCCAACAUUAUUACCAACUCUUGCUUUGAAUCAGGCCUUACUCAACCCUACCAAGAAAGAAAACAUCAAUGGAUGGAAAGUUUCGAGAUACUAUUUCUUUUUCACCACAUUUGGAGCUUCGUUCCUUUGGUUUUGGGUCCCAGAUUAUUUGUUUGGAGCAUUGUCAUACUUUAAUUGGAUGACUUGGAUCAAGCCUGAAAGUUUCAAUCUUGCAAUGAUCACAGGUAGUGUUGGUGGCCUUGGAUUAAACCCAAUCACCACUUUUGAUUGGAAUAUUAUUUCAUAUACUACUCCUUUGGUCGUGCCAUGGUAUACACUGCUUAAUGUUUACCUUGGUACGUUUCUUGCAUUACCUGUUAUUUGUGCCGUUUACUGGACAAAUAGUAAGUGGUCAGCUUAUCUUCCUUUGAACUCUAAUGGUCUCUUCAACAAUGUAGGAGAGACUUACCAAGUUGCUGAAGUUUUGAAUGACGUAGGUUUACUUGAUGAGGAAAAGUAUCAACAAUAUGGUCCACCAUUUUAUACUGCUGGUAACUUAGUUGUUUAUGGUGCAUUCUUCGCUAUUUAUCCAUUUGGUAUCUUUUACGAAAGUGCUGUUAGAUGGAAAGCACUUAAGCAAUCUUACUUUGAUAUCAUCGACACUUUUAAAGAUUUCAGAAAGCCAAUACUUGAACAGUUUCACGAUCCACAUUCCAAGAUGAUGUCCCGUUACCCAGAAGUACCAGAAUGGUGCUUCCUUGUCAUUUUAGUCAUUUCAAUUGUGUUAGGUAUUUUGUGUGUUGAAUUAUAUCCAACACAGACACCAGUGUGGGCUAUUUUCUUCGCUGUUGGAAUUAAUUUUGUAUUCUUGAUUCCAUUGACAUAUCUUGUUAGUUCCACUGGUUGGGGUUUCGGAUUAAAUGUCUUAGUUGAAUUGAUUGUUGGAUAUGCUCUCCCAGGUAACUCCCAAGCUUUAAUGAUUAUUAAAGCAUUCGGGUACAAUAUUGAUGGUCAAGCACAAAAUUAUGUUUCAGAUCAAAAGAUGGCACACUAUGCCAAGAUCCCACCCCGUGCACUUUUCAGAGGUCAGUUACUUGCAGUUUUCGUAGGUAGUUUCAUUGGAUUGGCUGUUAUGAACUGGCAAUUUACUUCUAUUGAAAAUAUUUGUCACCCAGGCCAAUCACAAAAAUUCACUUGUCCAAACUCGAGAACUUUCUUUUCUGCAUCCGUUUUGUGGGGUACAAUCGGGCCAAAGAGAGUCUUUGGUGGAUUGUAUCCAGUCUUGCAAUACUGUUUCUUAAUCGGAUUCUUGUUGGUUUUCCCAGCUCUUGCUUUCAAGUGGUAUGGUCCAAAGAGAUGGACAAGAUACUUCCAGCCAACUCUCUUCAUGGGUGGCUUCAUAAGUUAUGCACCAUAUAACUUGUCAUACUAUACUCCAGGUUUGUAUGUGUCCUAUUCUUUUAUGUACUACAUUAAGAAACACUACUUGACCUGGUGGGAAAAGUAUAAUUUUGUUUUAUCUGGUGGAUUAGACGCUGGUGUUGCGUUCAGUAGUAUUAUUAUCUUCUUUGCUGUUCAAUAUCACGACAAAUCUAUUAACUGGUGGGGUAACAAUGUCCCAUAUGUCGGAGUCGAUGGUGGAUAUGGACAGCAAUCAAUUCUCAAUGCUACCGAAUCUGCUCCAGAUGGAUACUUUGGUCCUAGAAUUGGACACUUUCCAUAA